AUGAGUCUUUAUGUGAGGCAUGGAGAAGAUUCAAGCGUUUACAGAGACAAUUCCCUCAUCACCGGUAUCCCAGAGUGGCUGUUGAUCCAAACAUUCUACAAUGGUCUGACCCACGAGUUCCGCAUAUACAUUGAUGCUGCAUCCGGGGGUUCUCUCAUGGCUAAGAACCCAACUAAAGCCAAGGAGCUAAUUGAGAAGAUGGCAGCCAAUGAUAAUUAUCACCCAGGGGACAGAAAUACCGUGAAGACUAGAGGAAAAUUUGAUGUUGAUGCUUUAACUCUCUUGACAAGUUCUGUACAAGCAUUAACAAGCAAGUUUGAUAAAAUCCAAGUUGGAUCCUCUUCCACCUCAUUCAAAACUUGUCAAUUAUGUGGUAUUCAAGGCCAUAUUACUCCACAAUGUCAACCGCCCUCUAAUGAAAUGUCAAUCGAGCAAGCAAAUGCCUUCUAUACUACGGAACCUAAAAGGCCGUAUGAUGCUCAUUCAAACACAUACAAUGAAGGCUGGAGAAAUCAUCAGGACUCCUCCUAUACGAACACUCAAGUUCAAUUGUAUUCUCCGCCACCACCACCUAGUUUUCAAGCAAGGGCAUAUUUUAAUCACCAACCCAUGAAUCAACAAUUACCACCGCAAACUUCAAAAUACAAUCUUGAUUCCAUCAUGGAGACUUUCACUACCUCCCUACUUCGACAGCAAGAGCUUAUGACAAAGAAAUUCGAGCUACAAGAAAAGCAAAAUGAACACUUUGAAAGCUUGAAUCAAUUGCUUAUUGCUCAAAACAAGAGGAUAGAAACUCACCUUUCUCAACUUUCACAACAAGUGAGUCAUUUAUCAACUCUUCAUGAUCAAGCAAAAGUCCAAAAAGAACAAUGCAAUGUAGUUUUCUUGAGAAGAGAUGAAUCAUUUUCGAGGAAAAUAGAUGAGAAAGUGAGCAGUGUGGAGUCAAGAAAAGAUAAAAAGUGUGAGGAUGUAAAAAUCCCCAAAUAUGUUGCUCCACCGGCCUAUGAGGAUCCUAUGCCCUUCCCGCAAAGGUUGUCAAAAGCCGUGCUCGAUAAACAUUUUGGGAAAUACUGCGAGACUCUCAAGAAGGUAUAUGCUUCUAUUCCUUUUUUCGAUCUUUUAUUUCAAAUGCCUCAAUUUGCAAAUUUUGUGAAGAAUAUUAAAGAUCAACAUGAUGAUAAGAAAGUAGUAAAUGAGAAGCGCUCUACUCUUUUACGUGAUAGCUUACCACCUAAGCUGCAUGAUCCUGGUAGUUUUACUAUUCCCUAUAUGAUAAACGAAAUAUUUUUUGACAGGGUCUUGUGUGAUUUAGGUGCUAGUGUAAAUUUAAUGCCUUAUUCAUUAUAUGAAAAAUUAGGUCUGCAAAAACUUAAACCUUCCCCUAUUUCUCUUCAAAUGACUGAUAGGACUGCUAUGGGUGUGGUUGAGGAUGUAUUAGUUAAGGUUGGUGAACUUGUUUUUCCUGUUGAUUUUGUUGUUAUGGAUAUGAAAGAAGACCAUAAGAUCCCGAUUAUAUUUGGUCGUCCAUUCCUUGCCACAAGUCAAGCUCUAAUAGAUGUUCCUAACAAACAAGUGACCAUUAGGGCCCUGGAUAAACAAGUAAUGUUUAAGCUCUUUAAUGAACACAAUUUUAUAUUUGAUGGUGGUACUUGUUUAAGAAUUGAUACUACUAACCCUUUGGUUGAUAAGUGUGUAUUUGAUCGAAAUCUUUUGAGAAACGAGGACAAUAUUCCACCAAUUGAUGUGUUUAGCCACAUGAAGGUUCCGCUGGAGACCGUGAAUGGCAUGGUGAGGACUCUUCGAGCUUUCCAAGCUACUUAUCGGAGGGAACUCGUGGCUUUGUCAUGUCGUGAUCAUCGGAUGGUCGCGGAUGUGCAGCAACCUUCCGGAAGUCACCAAGCACCCUGA